GUUACAGUCCUCUUUUCCUCCCAUGUCUUUCCUCGGUGGUGCACGGUCUUCACCUUCUGGUGGUAUCAACAAUGACAAGAUUGAAAUGGCAAUAACUGAGCUAGACACUGUCACCGACUUUUUCAACCGCAUGGUCUCGACAUGUCACAGUAAAUGCAUAAGUGGACGAUACACCGACCCGGAUUUGAACAAGGGAGAAAUUGUCUGCAUUGACAGAUGCGUCGCAAAGUACAACGAGGUGCAGAAGAAAGUUGGCGAGAAGAUACAAAACAGAGGAGCGGCUGCGGGCGGUAACACCGGGGGGAGCUUCUUAUAGAGUAUGUUAUGGUUCUAAUGCACACCUCGCAUG